GUGCCGGCUGCGGGCCCCGCCCGCUCCCGCUCCCCUCUCGCUCCGAGGCUGGGCCGGGCGCCGCUCGGCUUCCUCAGGGCUGGGGCCAUGACCCAGGCGGAGAAGGGCGAGGCGGAGAACGGCAAGGACAAGGAGCGCGACCGCGAGCGCGAGCAGCGCGGCGCCAAGCGGCCCAUCGUCCCCGCCGCCGUGCCCGAGUCCCUGCAGGAGCAGAUACAGAGCAACUUCAUCGUGGUCAUCCACCCCGGCUCCGCGACACUGCGCCUCGGCCGGGCCACGGACACGCUGCCCGUGGGCAUCCCGCACGUCAUCGCGCGGCGGCAGCGGCAGCCCGGGCAGGCGGCCUGCAGGGACAGCUGGCUUCUCAGGGGACGGCCCUCAAUGUAAAAACCUGAAAGCACUGAGCAGAGACAAAAUGGCCUUAAAAUGGUGGACCAAGCAAUAUGGUCCAAAAAGAUGUCAAAUGGUGCGAGGCGUAUACCAGUGUCACCCGACCAGGCCAGGUCAUACAACAGACAGAUGCGGCCAGCUAUUUUAGAUCACAGCUCUGGGGCAAAGUGGACAAACACAUCAAAUCAUCCUGAAUUUUUGGUAGGAGAAGAGGCACUAUAUGUUAAUCCACUGGAUUCUUAUAAUAUACAUUGGCCUAUUAGAAGAGGGCAGUUGAACCUCCACGCAGGGCCUGGUGGCUCCCUCACUGCAGUAUUAGCAGAUCUUGAAGUGAUAUGGUCCCAUGCAAUACAAAAAUAUCUGGAAAUACCACUGAAAGACCUAAAGUACUAUAGGUGCAUUUUACUAAUUCCAGACAUCUACAAUAAACAGCAUGUGAAAGAACUGGUGAAUAUGAUCCUAAUGAAGAUGGGCUUCUCAGGAAUUGUAGUACACCAGGAGUCUGUCUGUGCUACUUUUGGAAGUGGUUUAAGCAGUGCGUGUAUAGUAGAUGUGGGAGAUCAGAAGACAAGUGUUUGCUGUGUAGAAGAUGGUGUUUCCCAUCGCAACACCAGGCUGUGCCUUGCAUAUGGAGGAUCUGAUGUGUCAAGGUGUUUUUAUUGGCUUAUGCAACGAGCAGGGUUUCCAUACAGAGACUGUCAGUUAACUAAUAAGUUGGAUUGCCUUCUGCUUCAGCACCUAAAGGAGACAUUCUGUCAUCUAGACCAGGAUAUUUCUGGAUUGCAAGACCAUGAGUUCCAAAUUCGGCAUCCGGAUUCUCCAGCUCUAUUAUACCAGUUCCGAUUAGGGGAUGAAAAAUUACAGGCUCCAAUGGCUCUGUUUUAUCCAGCAACUUUUGGAAUUGUUGCAAAAAUGACAACUUUGCAACACAGGUCACAAGGUGACCCUGAAGAUCCUCAUGAUGAACAUUAUCUGCUAGCCACACAAAGUAAGCAGGAGCAGUCUGCAAAAGCUACAGCUGAUAGAAAGUCUAUGUCAAAGCCUGGUACGUAUGAGGGAGACUUGAGAGGCCAAGCCACAGACAUUUCAGAGAGGAUCUACCCCCAAGAAGUGGAACUGGGAUCUUCCCAAAGUGACUGUAUGAUAUCUGGAAAUGAUUCAGAGGAACCUUUAAGUGCACACAUGUCCAGGAAAACAGCGAUUUCUCAGUUUGAAGGCAAAGCCCUAGGCCUUGACAAAGCCAUCCUUCAUAGUAUUGACUGCUGUGCAUCCGAUGAUACAAAAAAGAAAAUGUACAGCUCCAUCUUAGUAGUGGGAGGAGGUCUUAUGUUUCAUAAAGCUCAAGAGUUUCUUCAACACCGAAUUCUCAACAAAAUGCCCCCUUCUUUCAGAAGAGUCGUUGAAAAUGUUGAAGUCAUCACAAGACCUAAGGAUAUGGAUCCCCGCUUAAUUGCAUGGAAAGGAGGUGCUGUUUUAGCCUGUCUUGACACAACUCAGGAGCUCUGGAUAUAUCAGCGAGAAUGGCAGCGUUUUGGUGUAAGAAUGUUACGAGAGCGAGCUGCGUUUGUCUGGUAACUGGAUCACCACCAGCCACUUGAACAAAAAAAACUACCAUCUGUGCUGAGACUCCAACUUAUAUUCAUGAAAUAGGAAUGGAAUUGUGUUUCAACUUGUUUUUCAACCAAUACAGCAUUGAGAUUAUGAAGAUCUGCUGGUGCAACAUGGUACUGCUUCCUCAGCUCAGGAACAGGACCUUCUGAAGAAAGAGAACCAGGAAUUAGAAGAGACAGAUCAUAGCCAACGUAUUCCCCACCUGUCCAUCAGACUCUGGAGUGCAUUUUUACUUGACACUGGGAGUGGAAGGAAGGAAAAAAAAAUACACUUUGAAUCUUGAAUUUCAGUAUCUGUUUAUGAAUACCACAGCCUUUCUUCUCCCAUGUACCUUCUCUCUUUUAGAAAGAGAAAAAUUUCUGUAAAAAUGGCAAAAUAAAGAGUCUGAUUUUU